AUGAGAGGGAUGGUGAUGGCCCUGCAGUCAACCGCCCUCUCCUCUGCGAUGCCCCCUCAUGUGCUCCCUCAUGCGCCCCCUCAUGUGCCCCCUCAUGUGCUCCCUCAUGUGCCCCCUCAUGUGCCCCCUCAUGUGCCCCCUCAUGUGCCCCCUCAUGUGCUCCCUCAUGCGCCCCCUCAUGUGCCCCCUCAUGUGCUCCCUCAUGUGCCCCCUCAUGUGCCCCCUCAUGUGCCCCCUCAUGUGCCCCCUCAUGUGCCCCCUCAUGUGCCCCCUCAUGUGCCCCCUCAUGUGCUCCCUCAUGUGCCCCCUCAUGUGCUCCCUCAUGCGCCCCCUCAUGUGCCCCCUCAUGUGCCCCCUCAUGUGCCCCCUCAUGUGCCCCCUCAUGUGCCCCCUCAUGUGCCCCCUCAUGUGCUCCCUCAUGCGCCCCCUCAUGUGCCCCCUCAUGUGCUCCCUCAUGUGCCCCCUCAUGUGCCCCCUCAUGUGCCCCCUCAUGUGCUCCCUCAUGCGCCCCCUCAUGUGCCCCCUCAUGUGCUCCCUCAUGUGCCCCCUCAUGUGCCCCCUCAUGUGCCCCCUCAUGUGCCCCCUCAUGUGCUCCCUCAUGUGCCCCCUCAUGUGCCCCCUCAUGUGCCCCCUCAUGUGCCCCCUCAUGUGCCCCCUCAUGUGCCCCCUCAUGUGCCCCCUCAUGUGCCCCCUCAUGUGCCCCCUCAUGUGCCCCCUCAUGCGCCCCCUCAUGUGCUCCCUCAUGCGCCCCCUCAUGUGCCCCCUCAUGUGCUCCCUCAUGUGCCCCCUCAUGUGCCCCCUCAUGUGCCCCCUCAUGUGCCCCCUCAUGUGCUCCCUCAUGCGCCCCCUCAUGUGCCCCCUCAUGUGCUCCCUCAUGUGCCCCCUCAUGUGCCCCCUCAUGUGCUCCCUCAUGUGCCCCCUCAUGUGCCCCCUCAUGUGCCCCCUCAUGUGCCCCCUCAUGCGCCCCCUCAUGUGCCCCCUCAUGUGCCCCCUCAUGUGCUCCCUCAUGUGCCCCCUCAUGUGCCCCCUCAUGUGCCCCCUCAUGUGCUCCCUCAUGUGCCCCCUCAUGUGCCCCCUCAUGUGCCCCCUCAUGUGCCCCCUCAUGUGCUCCCUCAUGCGCCCCCUCAUGUGCCCCCUCAUGUGCUCCCUCAUGUGCCCCCUCAUGUGCCCCCUCAUGUGCCCCCUCAUGUGCCCCCUCAUGUGCUCCCUCAUGCGCCCCCUCAUGUGCCCCCUCAUGUGCUCCCUCAUGUGCCCCCUCAUGUGCCCCCUCAUGUGCCCCCUCAUGUGCCCCCUCAUGUGCUCCCUCAUGUGCCCCCUCAUGUGCCCCCUCAUGUGCCCCCUCAUGUGCCCCCUCAUGUGCUCCCUCAUGCGCCCCCUCAUGUGCCCCCUCAUGUGCUCCCUCAUGUGCUCCCUCAUGUGCCCCCUCAUGUGCCCCCUCAUGUGCCCCCUCAUGUGCCCCCUCAUGUGCUCCCUCAUGCGCCCCCUCAUGUGCCCCCUCAUGUGCCCCCUCAUGUGCUCCCUCAUGCGCCCCCUCAUGUGCCCCCUCAUGUGCUCCCUCAUGUGCCCCCUCAUGUGCCCCCUCAUGUGCCCCCUCAUGUGCCCCCUCAUGUGCUCCCUCAUGCGCCCCCUCAUGUGCCCCCUCAUGUGCUCCCUCAUGUGCUCCCUCAUGUGCCCCCUCAUGUGCUCCCUCAUGUGCCCCCUCAUGUGCCCCCUCAUGUGCCCCCUCAUGUGCCCCCUCAUGUGCCCCCUCAUGUGCCCCCUCAUGUGCCCCCUCAUGUGCCCCCUCAUGUGCCCCCUCAUGUGCUCCCUCAUGUGCCCCCUCAUGUGCUCCCUCAUGCGCCCCCUCAUGUGCCCCCUCAUGUGCCCCCUCAUGUGCCCCCUCAUGUGCCCCCUCAUGUGCCCCCUCAUGUGCCCCCUCAUGUGCUCCCUCAUGCGCCCCCUCAUGUGCCCCCUCAUGUGCUCCCUCAUGUGCCCCCUCAUGUGCCCCCUCAUGUGCCCCCUCAUGUGCUCCCUCAUGCGCCCCCUCAUGUGCCCCCUCAUGUGCUCCCUCAUGUGCCCCCUCAUGUGCCCCCUCAUGUGCCCCCUCAUGUGCCCCCUCAUGUGCUCCCUCAUGUGCCCCCUCAUGUGCCCCCUCAUGUGCCCCCUCAUGUGCCCCCUCAUGUGCCCCCUCAUGUGCCCCCUCAUGUGCCCCCUCAUGUGCCCCCUCAUGUGCCCCCUCAUGUGCCCCCUCAUGCGCCCCCUCAUGUGCUCCCUCAUGCGCCCCCUCAUGUGCCCCCUCAUGUGCUCCCUCAUGUGCCCCCUCAUGUGCCCCCUCAUGUGCCCCCUCAUGUGCCCCCUCAUGUGCUCCCUCAUGCGCCCCCUCAUGUGCCCCCUCAUGUGCUCCCUCAUGUGCCCCCUCAUGUGCCCCCUCAUGUGCUCCCUCAUGUGCCCCCUCAUGUGCCCCCUCAUGUGCCCCCUCAUGUGCCCCCUCAUGCGCCCCCUCAUGUGCCCCCUCAUGUGCCCCCUCAUGUGCUCCCUCAUGUGCCCCCUCAUGUGCCCCCUCAUGUGCCCCCUCAUGUGCUCCCUCAUGUGCCCCCUCAUGUGCCCCCUCAUGUGCCCCCUCAUGUGCCCCCUCAUGUGCUCCCUCAUGCGCCCCCUCAUGUGCCCCCUCAUGUGCUCCCUCAUGUGCCCCCUCAUGUGCCCCCUCAUGUGCCCCCUCAUGUGCCCCCUCAUGUGCUCCCUCAUGCGCCCCCUCAUGUGCCCCCUCAUGUGCUCCCUCAUGUGCCCCCUCAUGUGCCCCCUCAUGUGCCCCCUCAUGUGCCCCCUCAUGUGCUCCCUCAUGUGCCCCCUCAUGUGCCCCCUCAUGUGCCCCCUCAUGUGCCCCCUCAUGUGCUCCCUCAUGCGCCCCCUCAUGUGCCCCCUCAUGUGCUCCCUCAUGUGCUCCCUCAUGUGCCCCCUCAUGUGCCCCCUCAUGUGCCCCCUCAUGUGCCCCCUCAUGUGCUCCCUCAUGCGCCCCCUCAUGUGCCCCCUCAUGUGCCCCCUCAUGUGCUCCCUCAUGCGCCCCCUCAUGUGCCCCCUCAUGUGCUCCCUCAUGUGCCCCCUCAUGUGCCCCCUCAUGUGCCCCCUCAUGUGCCCCCUCAUGUGCUCCCUCAUGCGCCCCCUCAUGUGCCCCCUCAUGUGCUCCCUCAUGUGCUCCCUCAUGUGCCCCCUCAUGUGCUCCCUCAUGUGCCCCCUCAUGUGCCCCCUCAUGUGCCCCCUCAUGUGCCCCCUCAUGUGCCCCCUCAUGCGCCCCCUCAUGCGCCCCCUCAUGUGCUCCCUCAUGUGCCCCCUCAUGUGCCCCCUCAUGUGCCCCCUCAUGUGCCCCCUCAUGUGCCCCCUCAUGUGCCCCCUCAUGUGCCCCCUCAUGUGCCCCUCAUGCGCCCCCUCAUGCGCCCCAUCAUGUGCUCCCUCAUGUGCCCCCUCAUGUGCCCCCUCAUGUGCCCCCUCAUGUGCCCCCUCAUGUGCCCCCUCAUGUGCCCCCUCAUGUGCCCCCUCAUGUGCCCCCUCAUGUGCCCCCUCAUGUGCCCCCUCAUGUGCCCCCUCAUGCGCCCCCUCAUGCGCCCCCUCAUGCGCCCCCUCAUGUGCCCCCUCAUGUGCCCCCUCAUGUGCCCCCUCAUGUGCCCCCUCAUGUGCUCCCUCAUGCGCCCCCUCAUGUGCCCCCUCAUGCGCCCCCUCAUGUGCCCCCUCAUGUGCCCCCUCAUGUGCCCCCUCAUGUGCCCCCUCAUGUGCCCCCUCAUGUGCCCCCUCAUGUGCUCCCUCAUGUGCCCCCUCAUGUGCCCCCUCAUGUGCCCCCUCAUGUGCUCCCUCAUGCGCCCCCUCAUGUGCCCCCUCAUGUGCUCCCUCAUGUGCCCCCUCAUGUGCCCCCUCAUGUGCCCCCUCAUGUGCCCCCUCAUGUGCUCCCUCAUGUGCCCCCUCAUGUGCCCCCUCAUGUGCUCCCUCAUGCGCCCCCUCAUGUGCCCCCUCAUGUGCUCCCUCAUGUGCCCCCUCAUGUGCCCCCUCAUGUGCCCCCUCAUGUGCCCCCUCAUGUGCCCCCUCAUGUGCCCCCUCAUGUGCCCCCUCAUGUGCCCCCUCAUGUGCCCCCUCAUGUGCUCCCUCAUGCGCCCCCUCAUGUGCCCCCUCAUGCGCCCCCUCAUGUGCCCCCUCAUGUGCCCCCUCAUGUGCCCCCUCAUGUGCCCCCUCAUGUGCCCCCUCAUGUGCCCCCUCAUGCGCCCCCUCAUGUGCCCCCUCAUGUGCCCCCUCAUGCGCCCCCUCAUGUGCCCCCUCAUGUGCCCCCUCAUGUGCCCCCUCAUGUGCCCCCUCAUGUGCCCCCUCAUGUGCUCCCUCAUGUGCCCCCUCAUGUGCCCCCUCAUGUGCCCCCUCAUGUGCCCCCUCAUGUGCUCCCUCAUGCGCCCCCUCAUGUGCCCCCUCAUGUGCUCCCUCAUGUGCCCCCUCAUGUGCUCCCUCAUGCGCCCCCUCAUGUGCCCCCUCAUGUGCUCCCUCAUGUGCCCCCUCAUGUGCCCCCUCAUGUGCCCCCUCAUGUGCCCCCUCAUGUGCCCCCUCAUGUGCCCCCUCAUGUGCCCCCUCAUGUGCCCCCUCAUGUGCCCCCUCAUGUGCCCCCUCAUGCGCCCCCUCAUGUGCUCCCUCAUGUGCCCCCUCAUGUGCCCCCUCAUGUGCCCCCUCAUGUGCCCCCUCAUGUGCCCCCUCAUGUGCCCCCUCAUGUGCCCCCUCAUGUGCCCCCUCAUGUGCCCCCUCAUGUGCCCCCUCAUGUGCCCCCUCAUGCGCCCCCUCAUGUGCCCCCUCAUGUGCCCCCUCAUGUGCCCCCUCAUGCGCCCCCUCAUGUGCCCCCUCAUGUGCUCCCUCAUGUGCCCCCUCAUGUGCCCCCUCAUGUGCCCCCUCAUGUGCCCCCUCAUGUGCCCCCUCAUGUGCCCCCUCAUGUGCCCCCUCAUGUGCCCCCUCAUGUGCCCCCUCAUGCGCCCCCUCAUGUGCCCCCUCAUGCGCCCCCUCAUGUGCCCCCUCAUGUGCCCCCUCAUGUGCCCCCUCAUGUGCCCCCUCAUGUGCUCCCUCAUGCGCCCCCUCAUGUGCCCCCUCAUGCGCCCCCUCAUGUGCCCCCUCAUGUGCCCCCUCAUGUGCCCCCUCAUGUGCCCCCUCAUGUGCCCCCUCAUGUGCCCCCUCAUGUGCUCCCUCAUGUGCCCCCUCAUGUGCCCCCUCAUGUGCCCCCUCAUGUGCUCCCUCAUGCGCCCCCUCAUGUGCCCCCUCAUGUGCUCCCUCAUGUGCCCCCUCAUGUGCCCCCUCAUGUGCCCCCUCAUGUGCCCCCUCAUGUGCUCCCUCAUGUGCCCCCUCAUGUGCCCCCUCAUGUGCCCCCUCAUGUGCCCCCUCAUCAGCUUCCUGAAGCGGUGCGGCAGCUUGUGUGUGGUGGGAACAUAUGGUGGGUGA